AUGUACUCCGUGCUCUCGAGAAUAUACUCCGCGGCGCGCAGCCGUCUCCAGGUACUAAUAGACUCGCUCCCGGCCGGCCGCGAUGGCAGCAGGGACUCGCAUCGCCGCCGCCGCCGCCGGGACGACCGGAGCAGGAGCAGCGGCACCAGCACCCCCAUCAGCACGCCCGCGUCCAUGUACUCCGCGCUCAGCCCGGUGGACACCCACGCCGUCGCCACCGCCGCGGCGGCCAAGCUCGCGAUGGACGCCCCAGCCGCCGGGUCGGCCGCCAUGCCCAUCUCCCUGUCGCCGCUCCUCCCGCCGCCGCAGAUGGUGGUGGUGGCGCUCGACGCCACCCGCGACCACCGCGAGGUGGAGGUCAGGAUGUCGCUCAGGGCGCUCGUGGCCCGGGGCGACAUACUUCGCGGCGGGGACUCCCUCCUCGUGCUCGGCGUUCUCCACUCCGUCACCAAUCCGAGUGAGGGCCGAGCUCCCCCUUUAGUGGGAUACCAAACCAAAGCAUCUAGUGAUUCUUUUGCCGGGACGAGCUUGCGGUACCUAGGUGAUCAGGUUGCGAAGAAAGCUGAAUACUACAAAGACAAGCUCCUCCAGGAUGUGGAGGAGCUUCGCCAAGUGGGGAUUAGUGUGACCCUCAAAGUAUGCCCUGGAUCACCAGCGAAGGUUGUCAUUAUCCAUGAAAUCAAUUCAAGUAAAGCUGCUUGGGUUGUACUAGAUAGGCACUUCAGACGAGAUUUCAAGCACUUCGAAAAGCACAUAGCCUGUAAAGUUGCAGCAUUUCAAGAUAACCUGUCAGUGCAGACCUUGAAGUCAAUUAGAACAAAUCUAUCAAGCAAAAGUAUGGGGGAGAUGAAGGACCUACAAAACUUAGUAGUGUCACUUGAUCUAAGUUCCAAAACACUAGAUACUGACAAGGUCCGUGUGUCGGUCAGGUCAUCGCCUGUAAGUUACUUUGCCUCUCUAACCAAUCAUGAGAUGUACUACACCCCCAGUGUGGUUGGUAGCAGCAUCCAAGACUUCACACCGUCAAUGAGCGUCGCGUCCAUCCCGGUGAUCGAUGAGACUGAAUUCAAUGCAAAAUCUAUUGAAGAUAACAUGAUCGGCCACUACGAUUCAUCAGAAAGACCAGUUCUAUGUGCUGGUUGUGGGCUAAGAUCAGUUCUUUACAUCAAGGAAUCCAUGAAAUAUCCUUUCUCAGAGAUCCAAUCUGCAACAUCUGACUUCUCAAGUGAGAAUUUGGUGGGCGAGGGCGGAUUUGGGCAUGUGUACAAAGGGAAGCUCAAGGAUGGCCAGGUCAUUGCAGCUAAGUUGCGUAAAGAAGCUAGUUCGCAGGGCUAUACCGAGUUCUUCUCUGAAGUGCAAGUGCUCAGCUUUGCCCGGCAUCGGAACAUUGUCAUGUUGCUUGGGUAUUGUUGCAAAGAAAGCUACAACAUCUUGGUGUACGAGUAUAUAUGCAACAACUCUCUUGAGUGGCAUUUAUUUGACAAGGCAGCUGGCUUACUGGAGUGGCACAAGAGGCAUGCUAUUGCCCUUGGUAUAGCAAAGGGGCUGCGCUUCCUGCAUGAAGAGUGUCGUGCCGGUCCAAUAAUUCACCGGGAUUUGCGCCCAAGCAAUGUACUGCUGACACAUGACUUUGUUCCUAUGCUUGGGGAUUUCGGUCUUGCUAAAUGGAAGGCUGUCAAUGCAUCUAUUCAUACAAGGGUUCUGGGGCAAUCAGGGUACUUGGCGCCUGAGUAUGCUGAAUAUGGCAUAGUUUCUGUCAGAACAGAUGUGUAUGCCUUUGGGAUCGUUCUUUUCCAGCUGAUAUCGGGUCGCAAGGUGCUCGAGGAACAUGAAGGACAGUGCACACACAUACUGCAAUGGGCAGAGCCUUUGGUCGAGAGUCUUGCACUGCACGAUCUAAUCGACGAGCGCAUUGCAGAUACAUACGACACGUAUGGGCUGUAUCAUCUAGCCAGAGCAGCGUAUCUCUGUGUCAGGACAAACCCGGAACAGCGGCCUUCAAUGGGGGAGGUUGUCCGUCUUAUCGAGACAGAGAAUGAGCAUAUCAGGGAUUUGUCCCGACAAUUCAUCCCACAUUUCACCAAGUAA